UGUGUUUGGUGUAUCAAUUGAAAAUAUGUUAACAAUUUAAAGCUGGCAGAAACUCAAUUUAGUUUAUUCUAACAAUACCAUGGUGUUUAUGUAGCAAUAUAAUGUAAAUACUGUAUGCACGGAUAAUAUGGUGACGAUGGUUGUAAACUAACCAACAAAGACAAUUUUACUCAUCAAUACCUUUUGGUUGUAGAUGUGUAAAGUUUAGGUAUAAAACUUAUUGUUAACAUAGUAUGGUCGAACUUGUACACCUUCAAAAAAAUUUUGCUAGGCAUACAACAUGCGCGUCUAUAGCAGCAAAAAAAUGAUCAAAACAACAAUAUAUUGUUGGUAGUGCUACUAAACUCCGUAAUUAAAAUACGUACUUCAGUUGUUGGAGUUACAAUUUAUAUGUGUAAAGCCGCAAAUGAAUUUGAUACAACGCCUACAUAGUAUAAGAAAUGCAAAAUCUGCAAUGAUUAAAAUAACCGCGCACAAUAAUGUAUUCGGUCACAUAUUUUAAUUUUCACAUUUUUGUGCAUCGUGCAUGCCGUAAAGAUGGAUUUUGUGGUGGAUAAGUUGAAAGAAUGGGGCCGGAGGACUUGAUUGAAAUUUUUUCUCGUAAGUACCCGAUACAUUUACCUAUAUUUUUGAGAGUUAUGCCUUCUAUCUAUAUCUAAAACGCGAAAUUGCACAUUUCAAUUUUUAAGAAAAAUGUUAUACCUCCAUUGCUUUUUAUCACGCGUUCAACGUUCCUAUUGCCAUUGUGGUUUGCAAAAUUUUUGUUUACAACGGUUUGCAGUGUGCAAUUUCUACUCAUUGUAUGAACUUCCUUGUUUGAUAUACUUACUUAGUUUAACGACCUACCGUUUUUUUUUUAGAAAACCAAAUCGACAACGAAGUUUUUUUAAAUUUAACGGAGUCGAUGAUUAAGGAAUUAAUUCCACAAGUGGGAUUACGGUAUAAAUUUUCGAAAAAUUAUAAUAACAUAUUCGGCAAUUCUCUAAUAAUUGGUACUGAUGAGGAACCAUUGUCUUCCUCAUCAAGUACAUGUACAAUUACAUCAGCUGAUGUAAAUGAUCAAAUAACGACUUUGUUUCUUCCGGUACCAUCCAGCUCAAUUGAUGAUGCAUUAGAUACAUCAAAUCCACAAUUUGGACAUAUUAAUCCGCAAGGUGAUGCGGACGUAAACACAGAUUUGCGCCAACUACUGGAAAAAGAGCGCGUACGGGGAAAGGAAAUUUUACAAAGUUACAAACUCUUCAAAACAUUUAAUAGGUCUACACUAGCAGAUAUUAUCAUAGAAAAUCAGUUAAAAGAUGACCCCAAUGCAAGAAUUAAUUCCGCUACGUUUACGGAGAUAUCCCAAAAAAUAGCCCAAACAUUUCCUGGAGAGUUAGCAGGAUCAUAUUAUAUUCCAUACUGUAAAUCUUCCGAUGGAAGGGUAUCGACAGCUAAGGGGAUUUUAUGGGAUAAAUAUGUAAAUAAAAGGCGCAAUUUUCGACGACUACAAAUAAUCACAAAGAAAUCCAAUACAUCUACCAUCACUUCACCUGUUCAACAAAGUGAAAAUGACAAUAUUUCAAGUGAGGAACUUCAGGAGUUGGACACAUGGCUGCGCAACAAUGUAAUGCCGUGGAAUCUUGUCAUAGAAAAUUGGCAAAAAACGCUCCGAAUUAGACAAAAAUUUGAAACAAUAGACACUUAUUUCCGAGACUAUCCUUCUUUAAGGCAACCUUCUGGGUAUUUGUUGUUGGAACUUGACUUUGACGCAUUAUUUACUGGAAAAGGAAACCACUUACUAAAUAAGUGGCUAAAUUUUUCCGAGCGGAUACUUAAACUAGUAGAAACAAAAAAAGACAACACAACAGGCAAAAAUUUUCUGAAGAACUAUAAUUACCAAUCAUAUAAUGAAAGACAAAAAGAAGUAUUGGGAUUUGCAUUAUUACCGCUAAUUAUACCACCCUGUCCCAUUAAAUAAAAAAAAAGUGGUACGCGAUACAAACCUUCGAAAGUAGAAACACAAGAAGCAUUUUGUUGUAUUAUAGAGGUAGUUAAAAUUAUUUGUUAAGUUAAAUUAAAUAUAUAUUUUUAGGAUAUUAGCAAAUUAGAAGAAAAGUUGGAGAGUCGAAGGAAUAAACUCUUAACUUUUGGUGAAACAUUACAACCAUCCGUAGUUUUAGUUGGAACUGUAGACGGAAUUACAUCUUCUUACGUAAUCAUCAAUGACACUCAAUAUAAAUUGGAAACACCAAUGAAAGCUGUAGAUGUCUGUUUCAAGGUAUAUCAUGCAACUAAUGCCAAGUAUCCAAUAGAAGCGGAACAUAUUUGGACGUUUAUACAGCAAUAUAUUUAUGAAAUUUAUACGCCAUCGGAUAGAUCGUUUGUAAGUUUGAAUGCAUUCACUUCAGAUAUAAAUAGCAUAGUAACCUAAGAAAAUGAAAUGUUUUAAGUGCAAAUGUGAACUAAGCUCAAACACUUUACUUCUUUCACAUUUAAAACAUGUGCAUUAUUUAAAACACCAAGAUAUUCAUAAGUGUAUUGACUGCAAUCGAACAUACAGUAACUUAAAUGCAUUCAAAAAGCAUUUAAAUAAAAAUCACGUUUUGAUAUCUAAUUCUACUUUAAGGGAGGCUACUCCUUUAGACAGUGCAAUAAGUUUGGAUGUUCCAUUGAAUCAAUCAAUUAAUUUGCUAGAUAACGUUAACCAUGAGUCAGUACAUUCACCACAUGAUUUUGUAACCCCCCUUUAUCCAAAAAAUAACAUAGACAUUAAUGCAGAAUGCCUUAAAUUAGUUAGUAGUUUAUACUGCCAUUCUUACGUUAAUCGUAAUUCUGUUCAAAUAUUUGUUGAAAGUAUUAAACGAUUCAUUGACGAUUUU